AUGACAGAAGGCGAUAGUAAUGGUCCGGAAGUACCACGUAAAUACCGGUCUAAAACCCUUGAUCCAUCCAAAACUCAAGAUCCUUUUUCUCUUGGCACGGCGCACUUCUACAAUUUCCAAAAAUUACAGAAUGAAGAAAAUUUGAAGGUAGACGAGCUCAUAGCAAACAUGGAUCGUUCACUUUUCAAAUUAGACGGAAAAGAAUACACUACUGAAAUGCGUAACCUUAUCAGUGACAAAUUAAGAAAUAGAAAUCAGUCAUCACCUGAACUUACAGAAUUCGUUCAACAAUUCAUACGAAUAUACAGCGAGGGCGAUGCUUGGCAGGGUCUUUCUAUGUAUCCGCCAAGAAUUUUGCACCCAACGCCACCCGUUAAAACAGCUACUUUCAUUCUCGUUGAACUUCUGCUUAAAAACAGCGGCCCCCAAGCUACAAACGUCUUAAAGUGGAUUGGAACGAAUUUAAUUCCUGCAGAAUACUCCCCUGACAAUAUAUUUAAAUCUACCGUUUUGAAAGCUUGUUGCGUCUGCCACCGUAAGAGGAGGCUCCUCAAAGAGGAUCGAAAUUUCUGGGCCUUGCUCGAUGUACGUAAUCAUUUCUACAUGUUCGAGAUUAGGGACGGCCAGUUGAUCCCAGAGUCAGAAUUCGAUGUCGGUUCGAUUGCCUUAUCGCGUUCCAAAAAGACUGUAAAAGUUUUCGACAAAAACGGCGAAUUACUCAAAAGAUUCAUUCCUAACGAUCCUGAGCUUAAUGAACGCUGGGCUGCAUGCAUGCAAAAUCCUGUCGUUCCUCUUCCAUUGAUGUUUAGCAAUACUUCUGGUCCUUAUCCGGAUUUGAUCCUUGUUGCCCUCAACGAAGCUCUUUUGAGCCCAGACAGACUCUUGUUACGCGCCCUUACACAUUUCAACGUCUCCAGAGUCGCAUCCUGCCUUCCUCUCGCUGAAGCAUUUUUCAACAUUUUCUCUUACGCCGGACAUGUCAGCAACCUGCUUGUUACGCUUGCAGGAAUUGAGUUCUCGGCUCCGGAACUUCAACAUAAUACAGUUCUCAGAGGAAAUUCUCAUCUUACGAAUAUGUUCAAGAUUUUCUUCCAGAAAUUCGGCCGCAAAUACUACAACGAGUUCCUCAACCGCGUUGUCAUGUAUAUCUACAGCAAAGGAGACCUUCAACUCAAAACUCCAGCCGCUGCCGAUUCUCACCGCGCCAAACAGAUGGUUUUCACAGUUAUCAACAGAAUAUGCAGCUCUCUCAACCACAUUCCUCCUGAAAUGCGCCAUUUCGCUUCAAUUCUCAAGAACGCCGCUUCUAUCAGAUUCAACUCUCAACAAGCGACUUACAACACUCUCUCAGGUUUCUUCUGCUUGAGGUUCAUAUCCUCAAUCAUCUCAAACCCCAGAGAAACUGAUCCAAACAUCCCUAUCGGCGAUGAUUGGAUCAAAAUCCUUGUUCCAGCCGCCCAACUCCUCAUGACACCGUUCAACUUGAUCGAGCUCGACGGAAAGUACGACGUUUUCAACUCGUGGAACAAAACACUCAGAGAAAAGAUUUUCCCUGAGCUGAUCGAGUUCGUUUUCUCUGUUGCCGUGUGCGAGGAGGAGCCUGUCUACCAGCCGUGCUCGAAGGAGAAGCUCAGAGAGUCUCUCAUCGUUGUCAUGGACCAGAUUUCUACUUCUGGCCAACUUUUCGUCAACAAAUACAAGGAACUCAUGAGAGAUAGAUCGUUGAUGGAAGGAAAUGGUUGGAGCUUGGCUACUUUCAUCACAAAUUACUUCGAACAGAACACUUCUGCUCCAAACCACAAAUAA